AUGGAUCGAGUAGCCCUCGAAAGCCACAGCAACGCGCUCUCUGCCGCGAUCAAGAGCCUCGCAGACACGGAACCAUCAUCUGGUCAGUUUGUGAGCAACGCGUCCCAGGAGGCGAAGGCCCAGAUUCUCGCCAGCGUGGAAUCUAUCAAGAGGCUUGUCGUUGGCCCGACCGAAUUUCUCCAGGAGCUUGCCCGCCAGGUGGAGAUGCUGGCCUGCCUUCAGUGGCUUGCCGAAUUCGGCAUCCUGACAUGCAUCCCGUCUGAUGUGAGCAUCCAAGUCCCAAUGAAAGACAUCGCCGAUCUUACUUCGGUCCCCACGGCACAGCUGGGCCGGGUCGUCCGACUGCUAGGCACCGCAGGAUUCCUGCAAGAGCGCAACGCGGGCUGUGUGGCACAUACACGCCUAUCGGCGUGUUUUUGCACAGAUCAAGCUUUACUAGACGCAGCCAUCUUCUUGGCUCGUUGGGUUGCACCGGCGGCCCUGCAGAUGCCCGCCGCCACGCGCCGCUUUGGCGCGUCCGAGGAACCAACCGAGUGCGCCUAUAGCCUCGCCCGCAACUCUAAUCGCUCGUUCCACUCAGCACUCCAGGAGGGCCCCAAACUCCAGCGGCAGUGGUUCGCUUACCUCAGCCUCGCUGGAGGCCUGCAUCACGAGGACGAGGCCGUGGCUGACGUGCUCUCGGGUCUCCAGUGGAAGAAUCUGGGACCCGCGUGCAUCGUAGAGGCUGGCGCAACAUCUACGCCUAUGGCAGCAGUGCUUGCUGACAAGUUUCCCAAUCUCCGCCUGAUAGUGCAGAUUGACAACGCAAACUCGUCACCGCUGAUCCGAGCCCCGGCUUGGAGCCAUGGCCGCCCGAGCUCGUCCAGCCGGGGCGGCGAUAUCACUGUGACCUAUCGGGCCGCUGGCACGGCCCAGCCCAUGACUGCGGCCACCGUCUACAUCAUACAUCCACCCUCGUUGCGGCCAGCUUCAGCCAGAGACACUGCCGGAGCGGACUUCCGGGCAGAACUGCGCGUCCAUAUUGACCUCAUCCGUUCCGGUAGCGCGCUGAUCCUCGUGCCGACGGCUCGUCUCCUGCCGGAACCAGGUUCCAUCGCCGACCCCCAGGUUGAGGGCGUUGCGCGAGUGCGGGACCUAUCCAUGUACCAAUUGGGCAACGAAAAUGAGAUGGAAUUGUCUGAGCUAUCGAGCACUAUCGAGAACGUGAGGGAUGAGCUGGGGAGACUGGUCAUUACCCGUCACCUUCGCUCGCACAGUAAUUUGACCAUGGUGUUGGUCGUAAAGUACCAAGCUUACUGA